AUGGCUGGUCGGCGCGCGGAGGAGGAGUACGACUACCUGUUCAAGGUGGUGCUGAUCGGGGACUCGGGCGUCGGCAAGUCCAACCUCCUCUCCCGAUUCACCCGCAACGAGUUCUGCCUCGAGUCCAAGUCCACCAUCGGCGUCGAGUUCGCCACACGAACACUUCAUGUCAGUCACUCAGUCCCCUCUUCCCUUCCUCUCUAUUGUUCUACUACUACUGCAUCAGAUAUUCAGAUCAGAUCUCCGAUGAUCCUCUCCUCUCUAUACAUCGUCAGACAGAUCCAGCCUCCUUCCAUUCCCGUUAAAGAGUUAGCUAACUACCCUCCUGCCCAACUACCCUCCAUGCCCACCAGCCAUAGAAUGAGUAUGGGCAGGUUGAGGGCAAGAUCAUCAAGGCGCAGAUCUGGGACACAGCAGGCCAACAGCGGUACCGAGCAAUCACAAGCGCCUACUACCGCGGGGCGCCCGGCGCUCGGCGCGGUCCUGGUUUACGACGUGAGCAAGCCCACCACCUUCGAGAACAUCAGCCGGUGGCUCAAGGAGCUGCGCGACCACGCCGACUCCAACAUCAGAAUCAUGCUCGUCGGCAACAAGACCGACCUGAGGCACCUCCGAGCUGUCGCCACCGACGACGCGCAGAGCUUCGCCGAGGCAGAAGGCCUGUCCUACAUCGAGACGUCCGCGCUGGAGGCGACCAACGUGGAGGAGGCGUUCCAGCUGAUCCUGGGCGACAUUUACCGGGCCAUCAGCAAGAAGCCUGUGGCGUCGGAUGAGGCCAGGCAGGGCGCUGCUGGAGGCGUCAAGGAAGGUAAGACCAUCAAUGUGGCGACGGGUGGUGAUGCCGCUGCUGAGAAGAAGCAAUGCUGCUCAGCUUAG